UUUAGUAAUAGUUAAUGUUAACGAAAACGGAUGUUUUAUAUAAAUUACGAGUAAUAGAAAAUUGGUUUCUUCAUGAAGUGUAAGAUAUAACUUACCAGGAUAAAAGUUUUUGUACCAAGAUGGCACCUACUUCUCAGAAAAUGUCACUCGUAGCCCAGUUUGAUGACUUGUGUCGUUACUCUGGAGUUUUGAUGUGUGGAAAUGAAAGUGAGUUUCUUGCUUUUGUGAGAAAUCAAAAUGAGAAAAGAACCCAAAAUUUGGCAUCAGUAAAAGAAAUACAGAGGCUGAAAAGAGAUUUAACGAAAGCUAAAGAAGAGAACAACACCUUAGAAACCAAACUAAAACAUGCUAAAAGCCUAAUAGACACAGAAAUGAAAAAGCGAAUGAAAGCAGAAGCUGAUCGUUCUUCCCUGGAGAGACAGAUUGCUUUAAUUAGGGAUGUGCUGUUAACAGACCAAAAUGUAAUGAAUGAUCAAACGAGAGAGAAAUUGGCAUUCCUGAACAACACAUCACAAGCCAAUGCUAGGCAGCCACAACAUGAUUCACCCAGAAGACUUGAAACAAUUGACGAAUCUCUUGGAUCCUUGCUGUCACCAUCUGAUAUCAGUUUUGAUAAAACAGAUGAUGAUGUAGACGGACAAGUUCCCCUUUCGAAACCUCGUGGACGAAGGUCCAAGGGCAAGAGAAAAAGUGGUCCUGAAAAAGAGAUUACGCCACCGAAGAAGCAAAAAUCUGGGGAAAUUGGAGAAGUUUUUGAGGACCAGACAUCUCUUGUGGCCACAACAACUGUGACAUUUCCUGCUAAUGUCGAAUUCCAUGCAUCUUCCACGGUUGAGACAUAUCCUAAACGUCGCAGUUUCAGUGAUCCUUCGUCUCAAGAUAGUGGGCCAAAGCUUUAUCCAGACCUUAGAUCUAUACACAAAUCAGAGCCUGAUGAAGACCAUUAUAUAAAAGACAAAACAGAAACUGUUAACCAUCCGAAACCUUCAGCCCCACCUACAGAACCUUUUACACCAACUUGUAUCACCAAUACAACACCAGUUAAAAGCACUCCCAUUCGACACUUUAGUUCAGCAGGGAAGUUGAAUAACCGGGCCCACGUUUUUUGUACAAAGACCGUAAUACGUCCAGAAACUUGCCUCCCUUGUGGUAAACGCAUUAGGUUUUAUAAGCAAGCAAUGAAAUGUCAAGACUGCCGAGCUACUUGUCAUCCGGAGUGCAAGGACCAAGUCCCUUUGCCUUGUGUUCCAACUACCCAUACACCUACCAACAAAGGACCAAUGGGUACUAUAGCAGAUUAUACACCUUCUUUUCCACCAAUGGUUCCAGCUGUUAUUGUUCAUUGUAUCAAAGAGAUUGAAACCAGAGGUUUAACUGAAGUAGGACUGUAUCGCAUCUCUGGAUACGACAAGGAAGUGAAAGAUGUUAAGGAAAAAUUUCUUCGGGGGAAGGGAGUUCCAAAUAUAAGUAAUACAGACAUUCAUGUUGUAUGUGGAGUACUCAAAGACUUUCUUAGGUCAUUAAGAGAGCCAUUGAUAACAAGAACACUGUGGAAAGACUUUACCACAGCUGGAGAAAUGACUGAUCUACAAGACAGUUUUAGUGCUCUGUAUCAAGCAGUCAGUCAGCUUCCCCAACCUAACCGAGACACAUUAGCAUAUUUGAUUAUUCAUCUUCAAAGAAUUUCAGAGACUCCAGAAGUGAAAAUGCCAUUGUCAAACUUAGCAAAAGUAUUUGGACCAACGCUGAUUGGUUUCUCAUCGCCUGAACCAUCACCAGGUGAAAUGUUUGCCGAGACAAAACAACAGCAUCUUGUUAUGGAGAAACUUCUAAACAUACCUAGUGAUUACUGGGAAACGUUUGUUAAUGUUGAAAACGAUGACCUCUACCCUAAUGUACCAAAAACUCCAGAGACUAAGCCAGCUCCUGAGGGAAGUAUCUUGGGUCCUCUGUCAAGUGGAAAACGUCAAGGUUCCUGGUCUAAGAGAAGCGGUGGCGUUUUACUAGGGAAAACACCUUUAACCCCCAGGAACCCAUCUAGUCUGCGAGGAGGAAAUCCUAAAACUCGACAGCCAUUUUUUGCUUCUCCGAUGUUAAAAUAACAGAUAGAUAGUUCAUAUUGUAAGUGGGAAAUGUUGUUCUGCCCUGAAUUGUUGAAUAAUGGUUUUGUUUUAUUUGAGCAUAUAAAACAGACUAAGUGCGAUUAGUUAAAGUACAAGCAACGUUAAACCAAGCAGAUGCAAACUGCUAACUCUAUUCCGAGAACACCGAGUAAAAUGCCGUAAGAUAAAGUUGCGUAUGAUUACGUCUGUACUAGUGCUUUUAUCUUGGUUUUUGUUUUUGCCACACGAGGAAUCGCUUCUGUACAUAGCUCACGAAAAAUAGUCGCAAGAUGUCGUUAUUUUGGAAGUGAAUGUUUGUGUGAUGGUGAAUGGAGAUUGAAAAGUCCGUAUCUAGCUACUUGCCAAAAAUACUGCUUCAUAAGCAGAUUUAAAAAUUAAUUACAAUAGUUAUUAGGAAGAAAUAAAAAAAAAAAAAAUUUUGUUAAAUUUUUAUAAAAAGUGCAAAAUUAAUUGCAGUGUUUUAUUUGUAGCAAGGGUACCUUCAAGGCUGAUUGGUAAAGUUGUAAAAUAUUUAAAUAGUGAGAGAGAAAACUGGAUACAAGUCAACUGUUUGAAAGUUUAAAAACAAUUCCCAAAUCAAAGUAGUACUUGACUAAAACAAAGAAAUGAGUUACUAUAGUGAUUGAAAAAAAAAAAGUUAGAUAUUUUUGUGAUUUUAGCAUUUAUUUUUAACAUAUUGCCUUAUGAAUGUUUAUAGAAGUGUAACUUUUUCAAAAUAUGACUUCAGACCUUUGGUUGAAAUUCAUGUUUGGUAUGCUUAUGUUAUCACAGGAUUUUAUAUCAUAAUAAUAGCUUUUAGUUUACAGAAAUUCUGUAUGAUGCUGUUCACAACCACUCACGGUUUUAAUGUAGCUCUCUUUCAUUGUCGUAACGUGUGUUUGUCCAGUUUAUAUCCGUUAUAUGUCCGGCUGAAGCAUUAUUUAAAUAUCCUGCCACUAUUAGAAGUAUUUGAUUUAACUGUAUGGAACAGUCAUAUUCCAUUGUUCUUGAUGCACUAUUCAGACAACUUUUUAAUACUUUGAUGCCACUCAUUGUUUAAAUAGGUUCAGUUUUUGAGAUGAGAAAUUCAACAGUACCUUCCAAAUUGUAAUCUUUAGAUCACUUAAAUAAGUCUGUUCAGUUUUAUGAUAUUACCGUUUACUAUGAAUCAAAUAAGAUGAACCUUCUCUUUCCAGAUGAAGUUGAAUGUUUGUGUCUUAAUAAGCACGUAUAUCAGUUUUUACUCAGAUGAUUCAAUAAACAACUAGUGUGUUCAAAACUCAGAACAUAGUUUGGUGAUAUAUAAAACCCCCACAUUGUUACUAAGCUGUUCUUGGUAUUAUAAAACCAUUUUGUUAAACUUCCAGAUCGAAGCACUGUAACUUCGUGAUAAAAUGUGGUAGGAAAUAGACAACAAACUUUCAGUUAUCUACUGUUUAAAAUCAGAUAAAAAUUAUUGCUUUUUUUUUUCUGUGAAAACUGAUCAUUAGUAAAUAGCUACGAAGCUCAAAAACUAAAAAUAUAUCCUUAAAGAUCAUUAGUGUAUUCAACUCACAAUUGCUGGCUGUUUUUGUGUGUUUGAAAUGUAUGCUCAUUACUAAAGAUCAGUUGUGUAUAGUAUGUUUUAAGGACAGUUUUGUUCUUGUUAAAUCACUUAAUGUGUUUUUUUUUUACUGUGUUUCAUGUUCCAUAUAUAUGUAUAUACAUUAGUAUGCGUAUAUUUGUGUACUUCUAAAUCUUAAAAUUCACAAUUUUAAA